UGACCGAAAAAACGACGGACGAGAUGCUAAACUCUUCUUCCUCUGUGACCGAGGCGAGAGCACGGCGACGGACACAUUUUGCCUGGGUAACAAACUGUGGCGUAACACCUGUAAACAUUCAGCGUUGACACUCAUUUGAAGACGCGUGCCGUGCCUCUUUUUCACGGCCAAGCCUACUUCCUGGUGGACAGACAGCGCCUCAGUGUUGUCGUAGUGAGCAGACGGGGUAGCUGAAUUAGAGGAGAGAGGCUGUUGAUGGUCUUGCAGUCAGUAAAAUAGCACACUUUUCUUUGCUUAUUUUGACGGACGGAAACAAACAAACAAUGGGGAGCACCGUGACGGAGUCUAGCAAGGAGAGCGAGAAGAAAAUGCCAAAGAAGAGGAGAAGUCUGCGGAUUAACAUGCCAGACUUCGGUGCAUUUACUUCCCCCCAAGUGGAGACGAGUAGCUCAACUAAAAGUGGCACUCAGACGGGAGAGCGUUGCACCCGUUCAGCUAGCCCCACAAAAUCAGUGUCUGCGAGGAGCCCAGUCCUCCUGCCCCCGCAUCCUCAGUCUGCUCCUGUGCAAAUGAAGACCAGCUCAGGUUCACCCAAAACUAUCUUCCCCUAUCCCUCACAUCAGAGCUCCCCACCUAAGUCCCCCCGCCGCCUGAGCUUCAGUGGUAUCUUCCGCUCGUCAUCCAGCUCCUCACCUGGGAGCAUCAAACUCUUCUCCAGAACCAAGAGAGCCUCGGGACUCUUCACAUCACCCACCACCCCGACCCAGUCGUCCAGCCAGCCUGUAUUCACCCAGGAGGCCAUGCCCAGCAGGCCCAGCCCUGAACGCCAGGAACCCCACUCUCGAUCCCGCUCACUCUCCACGCCUCCUGACACUGGACAGCGUCUCAGCCUUCCUUCUGCUAAACCCCCGAUCCCUUCGUCGAGCCCUGUACCAUCUUACUCUACCUCACAAGUCUACUCUUUAUUCGAAGGCAUGCUGGAGAAACUUGAGCUAGAUGAUGACGCUGCUGAACCUGAGAGUGAUAUUUACAUGCGCUUUAUGAAAUCCCACAAGUGCUACGACAUCGUCCCAACAAGUUCCAAGCUGGUUGUAUUUGACACGGCUCUCCAGGUUAAGAAGGCUUUCUUUGCCUUGGUUGCCAACGGCGUGAGAGCUGCUCCACUAUGGGACACAGAGAAGCAGAGCUUUGUGGGAAUGCUGACAAUCACAGAUUUCAUCAUCAUACUACACAGAUACUAUAAGUCACCGAUGGUGCAAAUUUAUGAAUUAGAGGAACAUAAGCUUGAGACGUGGAGAGAGGUUUACCUUCAAGCAACAUUCAAACCUCUCGUCAACAUAUCACCUGAUGCAAGCCUUUUUGAUGCAGUGUAUACACUCAUCAAAAACAAAAUUCACCGGCUGCCUGUCAUCGACCCGGUCACGGGAAAUGCACUUUACAUUCUCACACACAAGAGGAUCCUUAAGUUCCUCCAGCUUUUUAUGUGUGAAAUGCCAAAGCCAGCUUUCAUGAAGCAGACUCUCGGGGAGCUGGGCAUCGGUACGUACAAGGACAUUGCUUUCAUCCACCCGGACACGCCCAUCAUCAAAGCACUUAACAUCUUUGUGGAGAAACGAGUGUCGGCCCUGCCUGUUGUCGACGAGUCUGGCAAAGUUGUGGAUAUUUACUCCAAGUUUGACGUGAUCAAUUUGGCUGCAGAGAAGACCUACAACAACCUGGACAUAACGGUGACGCAGGCUCUGAAACACCGCUCUCAGUACUUCGAAGGUGUCAUGAAGUGCCACAAAAUGGAAACAAUGGAGACCAUUGUGGACCGAAUAGUCAAAGCUGAAGUGCAUCGGCUGGUGGUGGUGGACGAACGCUCCAGCAUCGAGGGAAUCGUCUCCCUGUCAGACAUCCUCCAGGCCUUGGUGCUCAGCCCUGCAGACGCCUGUAAGGAGGACAAUCUGCCUGAGUGAGAGGGAGGAGGUCACAGGUGAAAUGGAGAUGCGGUGGAAGUAAAUAAGUCUGAAUGUUGAGGUAGGGGGAGUGUGAGGCUGAGCAGAGAGGAGCCGGUCUGAAGGUCCAAGAGACGCCUGCAACUGAUGCACUAUAGAAGCUUAGAAACCAAAGAGCUAGACAGCUGAAUGAAGUGAAGUUCCUGCACUGAGGAUUGAUCUGCUGAUUGAAUCAGUUUUUGUUUUGUUUGAACACUGAUCACACACACACACACACACACACACUCAAACACACGUUGUCUCUGAACAACAUGUGUACAUAAAUACGACAACUAGACGGACACAUACAUACACAGAGAUGCAUAUCGGUCCAGCCUGCGAGAGUUGGGAGAGUUGAUAAGUAAGGAUCUUUAUGAUUAUGCAGCUGUAAUCAGUUAAUUUCUAUUCACAUGUUGUUGACGAUACUGAAUGUCAUGGCCUCCAGGAGAACCAGUGUUUUCCUUCAUAUUUGGUGUAGAAAGGCAAACUAUCACAGAAGCAACUUAUUUUUCUGAGCAAAUCUACAUGUCACUAUUAAAGAAAGGCUGUUUCAUGACUGUUUUUGUUAGCAAGUGCCAAUAUAAAGGGAUUGAUGCCUGAUAUUGAUCUGUGCCUUUUCUGUUACCAGUUAAAACUGACAGUAUUUGUGCCCCUUUGACCUUUUAUUGUCGGAUGAGUAUUACCAUUUGGAUUUCUUUUUUAAAAUACUGAUAAGUUUAGUGCACAUAAAAGUAGAUAACAAAUUCUACCUUAUUGGAAAUACAGUUUUCAAAAAUAUUUGUGAUUUUCAAAACCAGUUUCAUAAGAGUUAAUAAAUUCUGUUUAAAAUAUCACAAAUUAACAUGAAAAUAAUUGGCCCACUUUGAGGAGUGAUUAGGUGCAAAUGUGACUGCACAUUAGUAAUAAUAUUCAGCCAAGAACCUUUAGUGAGUACCUCUCACUUAUUUCACAUCAGUUGGGAUUCAAAGUCAUUGUGACAAGUAUGCCUUUUUGUAACGGUAUAACAAGACCCAAAAAUGUCAUUUUUAUGUUUAAAAUUAUUUUCUUUUUUUACAUUUAUUUCCAGUUGUUUUGAUGCUUUAGAUGCUCACAAACAUGCAAAUCAAGGCCGGUUUCUCAGCUGUAGCUCGACAGGACUCAUCUCCAUCUUUGACUGUAAAUAGGAUCGUUUUCAGAAUACGUGUCACAUAAAGCUUUAUUUUUAUGAAUGUGUCUACAAGUUUAAAGAGACUGCAGUUUUAAUGUUAUUUUUGUAAAUAUAUUGUGGCAAUAUGUCCAGUUCAAAGAGACCUUGUAUCAGAUCAACAUGUACUGUAAAUGUGCAAGCAUGAGAAACUACACUUCAGCAGUAUGAAUGUUCUGUUUUUACUUUUUUCUAUUUUUCUGGCUGCAGAGAAAUAAACGGACACUGAAUGUACUUGAA